AUGCCUCGCUCCCCUAUUUUCAUACCCAACGUUUCCGCCUCUACUUUGGGUCUCGCUAUGGAUGGUGAUGAUGGAUACAUUACAUACGGGCCGAUUGUAGCUAUAGAGGAGAGGGUUCUGUAUGUGAUGGGAUCCCGAGAAGAUGGAGGCAAAUGGGCUUUUGAUGACUACAUAAUGGCCUUACAAAGAAAAUACAAACCUAAAAGUCGAACAGAGACGAAGAAUACAACGUGGAAUCAUAAAGUGGAGAGUGAUGGUAAGACAAUAAGGAAGACUCGCCUAACAACAGAACUGUGA